AUGUUUAAAAGAUCUAAAUCUCACUAAAGAAUUAACAUUUAAAAUAUAAAAAGUGCCUCAAACAAAUAGAAAUAAUCAAUAAACAACCCACCGCAAGUAUAAAGCAUUCAAAGCAAGCAGAUAAUAAUAAAUUCAAAUGAUUAAAUGACACUCAAAUAUUAAAUUGAAAAGAAAAUUAUAAGCAUAGUUAAAAAUGGUGAAUUAGAGGAAAUAAUUGAUCUGCUAUUUGAUGAAAAUUAUAGAUUUGCGAAGGACUAAGUCAUAUAUCUCUCUGACCUUAUUCAGAGAAAUCUAAAAAUGAACUAAAGAAAUCAAAUGAUUGUCAAAGCACUUAACUAGUGCUUGAAAAUGCCUGAGAAAAUGAUCGACACUGAAUCUCCAUACAUUGAUUGUUCUGAGGAGCAGACUCCUUAACUCUCAUUCAGAAAAAGAGAAGAUUAAUAAUUAGGACUUAGAAUUGAUGAUCUUUAAAAUUCAAUCUAACUGAGCCAGAAAAAAGUGCACAGAUCUUUGCAAAUUAUGUCAUAAAUUGGUGUCAUAAAAAACGAUCAAUAGUUAAAAGAUGACUACCUAGAAAAAAUUAUAUUUGAAAGAUAAAAAACAAAUUUGAAUAAAUAAAUUGCUCAGGAAUUAAUUAUUUAAAAGAAGGAAUAAGUAAAGGCAUCAAAAGGGAAUUUCGUUCUUAUUUUAAAAGAUUACCAGGUAUCGUUAUUCGAACCUUGUCUAAAUCAUAAAUGCGAUGUGUUUGCUAAUUAAAUGGAUAAUUAUUUCAAUUUCACUGACAAAUAUGGAUGGCUCUACAGAUAUUUUUACACUGAAAAGAAACUUAUUAGAGUUCCUCACAUCCAGCUACUCAAUCAUGGAUUUAUUUAGAUGGAUACAAAUGUUGAAUUUGUAGUAGGCCUUAACUCUGAUUAUUAGGUUAAAUUUCUGUAUCCUAACAGCCAAAACAAUUCUCAUGCAUUAGGAUAUGAGCUCAGCAUAAACAAAUACCUUAAAAGAACUCGAAUUCAAAAGAUAUCAUGCGGUUCUCAUCAUACUCUGAUGCUUUCAUUUGAAGGUAAAUUAAUAUCUCAAGGAAGUGGAGAGUUUGGUUAACUAGGAACUGAGACCACUAACUAAACAUUUUAUUUGCCCCAAUUCCCGUUAUUCUUCAAAAUGCUUCAUUUAUCUGACAUUGCAGCAUUCAGAGAAUCUUCUAUGGUUUUAACUGUAGAAGGUUUAGUCUUCACAUUUGGCUGUGGAUUCGAAGGUCAAAUAGGAAAUGGUAAACUAGAUAACUAAAAAGUUCCUUAUUGCCUUUAAAAUUCUCCAUUCUUGAUUAAUUAGAGAGCCAAAAAAAUAAAAGCUUCUGAUUACACAGGCUCUUUAAUAACUUUGAAUAAUGAACUCUAUGUAUGGGGACUGUAUUAGAUAGUCGAUAAUGAUGAAGCCUCACCUGCUAAAAUAUGGUUUAACGACUAAAAAUAUUUUCAAGAGUGUUUACAAGUAUAUCCUAAGAAUAUUACAUCAUUAAUAGAAAAGUAAAGUGGAUAGAUCGAUAUCUUUAAGAGAUUAAUUGAUUAUGAAAUUAACGAUGAAAUGCUAUUUAUAGCAGUCAAUUAGAAUAUAUGA